AUGGAUAACGAGACGAUGGCUGAGUCUUGGUGGAUCGCGUUCCGCAGUCCGGUAGAGAUCUAUGAGAACCAUGCCAACCUGCUGGUGGCCGAAGUCGCCAUGUACGCGAUGGCAGCGCUCACGGUAGCUCAUGCGUGGCGGAAGGGCGGGCGGUACCGGAGCUUGUGGCUAGCGGCGCUCCUACACGGCCUGGUCACGGAGACGGUUUGCUACUGGGUUCCGGAGAUCGACAACUUCUGGCACGCCCAGACUUCCGUCAUGAUGCUGGGCAGGAGGCUGCCUCUCUACAUCGUGUUCUUCCACCCAGUCUAUAGCUACGUCUCCAACGUCGCGGCCAGUCGGCUGAAGCUCGGGCCGUUCCCCACAGCGUACGCCGCGGCACUGGCAGACUGCGCGGCGUUUCACGUGUUUGAUAUCAUCGCCAUCAAGCUGCUGUGGUGGACCUGGCACGACACCGAUCCUAGCAUCUACGAGAGAACCUUUUGGGUGCCCUUUACCAGUGCCCUGUACCGCCUCACCUUCUCCACUACGUUCACCCUGCUGUUCUACGGAACGCACAAGGUGAUAACAGGAAAACACAUGUUACAACCUGGGAGUUCCCUCCAGGAGGCGGCCACUGUCCUUCUGACAGGCCUCCUGACGUUCCCCACGGCCAUCGCGACACACUUCAUCCCGCUGUACCACAGCCUGCAUGACGCGCUGGGCGCCAGCUCUGAGGUCUGCGUGCUCGCCGUCAUCUACCUGUACAUCCUCAUCGUGUGGGUGUCGGACAGGAACGGGCCGCAGGACGGCAGGCCUGGGAGGAAGGACAGGAACGGGCCGCAGGACGGCAGGCCCAGGGGGACAGGCAGCCACCCCUGGAAGGACGAGCUAACCGUGGUUGUUCUGCUCCACUUCCUGACCUUUGCCCUACUUGCCGUUUUUGCCAAACCGGAGGCGAUCGUGUCGACCGGAAUCCAUGAACCUCUAGGCCCUUGUAACGAGACAGUAGAGUUCUACAAUACCAUUGGACAGGUUGUAUCGAAGAGGAAGUACCUGUGCCCGAGCGACUAUGACGAGGGCUACAUGGAUUUCCACUGUGUUCCCGGUGGAGCAGCGCCCCCUGGCGUGCACCACUGGUACAGCGUGUGCGGAACGCCCCAUGAGAACCACGCGGAGCACAUUACUGUGGUGUGGGGCUUCUGUCUGCUGGGCCUCACCUACUACUACAACCUGCUGGCCUGCUCGGGCCUGGAUGAGUCACUGGCCAAGAAACACAAGACUAAUUAG